UUGUCGCUUAGAAUACUUGCAAAGAAAAAACAUUUUGCAAAAAUUUUAUUACUUACAACAGUUGUAUUUCAACAUUUACAAGUCUUCAUCAAUAUGUCUCCAAUCUUUACGUUUACAUUACUUUUGGCCAUUGCUGGAGUUCUACCCCAAAAACCAAACGAUGAACAUCAAUGUGGACCCAAUGAAUUAUUUAAUGAGUGUGGAAUUUCAAGAAAUUGUCACAACACAUGUCUCAUUUUAAAUAAUUCAAAUUGUCUUAAUGACACGGAGUGUCAUCCUGGCUGUGAAUGCAAAUUUGGAUAUGUAAGGGACCUUAAGUUCAAUAUGUGUAUUUUACCUGAAGAAUGCCCAAUACAAAGACCUCAACAGCUAAACGAUCAAUAUCAAUGUGGACCCAAUGAAGUUUUUGAUGAGUGUGGAAUUUCAAAUUGUGAAAGCACAUGCCAAAUAAUUGAAAAGAAUUGUGUUAAUAACAUAGGGUGUCGUCCUGGCUGUGGAUGCAAAUUUGACUAUGUAAGGGACCUUGAGUCCAAUAGCUGUGUUUUACCUGAGCAAUGCCCAAUAGAAAGACCUGAACAACUAAACGAUCAAUAUCAAUGUGGACCCAAUGAAGUUUUUAAUGAGUGUAUAAUUUCUGAUAGUCAAAGAACAUGUCAAAUAACUGAAAACUAUGGUAUUUAUGAGAUAGGGUGUCAUCCUGGCUGUGAAUGCAAAUUUGAAUAUGUAAGAGACCUUGAGUCCAAUAGCUGUGUUUUACCUGAGAAAUGCCCAAUAGAAAGACCUGAACAGCUAAACGAUCAAUAUCAAUGUGGACCCAAUGAAGUUUUUAAUGAGUGUAUAAUUUCUGAUAGUCAAAGAACAUGUCAAAUAACUGAAAACUAUGGUAUUUAUGAGAUAGGGUGUCGUCCUGGCUGUGAAUGCAAAUUUGAAUAUGUAAGAGACCUUGAGUCCAAUAGCUGUGUUUUACCUGAGAAAUGCCCAAAACAAAGUAUCCAGCAAAGGGAAAAGAGAUCAAAAAAAUUAUUUCGAAGACGAGAAUGGCCUCUGUUAUGGAAUUCACUACCCAAAUGUUGAAAAAUGAGUAAAAUAAAAUGAUUCAGUUAAUUAUAUAAUUUUAUAAAUAAUAUUCUGGACAAAUAAACAAGAAGACUGCAACUGUAAAAAGUUUAUAAAUCUUUUCUUUUAGUGAUAGCUUGGGCAAACUUUGGGUCAACCCAUAUUGGCCCCAACUGGGAUUUCCCAAAGUAAUCCCAAAGUGAAGUUUAUUUGAAUUUGCUGUUACAAAUCAGUAAAAAUUGAUAAACAUCAAUAUUUUUUAAACA